AAACACACAAUCCAAUUCCCCCACAGAAAAAAAAAAAAAAAAAAGAUGACCAAAACCGGCGUCGUUCUGGGGGCGGCUCUUCUUCUGCUGGCAAUUACGACGCCAGGCGCCGACGCCAGAACGUGCGGCGUCGACGUCCAAGGCGUGGCGGAGGAAUGCACGGACUACGUGAAGAAAGGGUCGAAGCAGCGGGACCCGUCGCCGCAGUGCUGCACCGCCAUCGGCGGCGCCGACAUCGGCUGCGCGUGCAAGAAGCUGCUGACCCCCGACGUCCAGUCGCUGCUGGACAUGAACAACGUCGUCUACGUCGGCCGGAAGUGCGGGAUCUCCAUCCCCAAGGGGACCAAGUGCGGCAUUUCGUCGUCAAUAAUUGAAGGCCUUCGUCCUUAG